AUGAGGACUGAGAGACGUGGAGCAGGAGCAACACAGAGGAGGACUGGAGAACACAGAGGAUCUAGGAGACACACUGGAGACAGUACUCUGGUGAGGGAGUGCGACGUGAUUGGCUGGGUGCAGAGCCUGGAGGGUGCUGUGGUGGCUCUGCUGAAGAUCUGCCGGCAGGACUGCUUCAGUUCUCUGUAUGCUCACGCGCUCAGGACCGUCGCCUCCAUCUGCUGUGUGGAAGAGGGCAUCAGCCAGCUGGAGAAGGUAUCCAUUUGCCAGCAUGCACUUAAAAGGAGCCAGAUUGACUUGGUAGCUGCGCAGCAGAAAGAUCCUGCUUUACGAGCUCUGUUCACUGCUGUAGUGCAGCCGGAGGAGGUGGAGAGCAUAGCAAAUGGCUACUUUAUACAGGAGGGGUUGCUGUUGAGAAAGUGGAGUCAUCAAAAUGAAGAUUCAGGUGGUGAAGCAAUAAUUCAGGUAGUAGUGCCUGGUCAGUUUAAGGAGGCGGUAUUAGGUGCUGCCCAUGUACCAGAGGAGCCUCUGUAUUCUCCUUGGGAGGGUGAGGGUGUUAAGGCACCUGGAGACAGUGAGCUGUUGCCGCGUCUGAGUAAUUCUGAAACGCUUGGGAAUUUCGAAAGUCUGCAGGUCUGCGGCGAAGUGUUUCUGUUGGCCUCGGCAGCGCUGGCGAACAUCACCUUCUUCGACAGCAUGGCCUGUGAAAUCCUCCUGCAGCCCAACGCCGUUCACAUCCUGCUGCAGGCCUGCAGAGACCGGCAGCGCGUCGACACGCCGUACUCCAAAGACCAGGUUGUGACGAUCCUUGCCAAUCUGUCGGUUCUGGAGCAAUGCACCGCAGAUGUCCUGGAGGAGAAGGGAAUCGAGCAGCUGCUGGUGUUGCUGAAUGAGAAGCCCUCGUCCUCCAGUCCAUCGGAGGGCGCCGCAUGCGAGCGUGUUCAACAGAAAGCUGCCGUCACACUGGCUCGUCUCAGCAGAGACCCGCUGGUCGCUCAGACCGCCAUACAGCUCCGGGCUGUUCCUCGUCUCAUUGAGUUGUGUCGCUCACCAGCCGAAAGGAACAACAGUGAUUCAGUACUCGUCACCUGUCUGGCUGCUUUGAGGAGGCUUGCGGCUGAAUGUCCGGACAGUAUCGGACCUGCUGACCAUCAACAGCUGAUCAAGCCCAGACUGGUGGACUCGUUCCUGUUGUGCUCCAACAUGGAGGAAAGCUUCGUCUGAAUCAAAAAAGAACCUGUGCAAUUUUCUCAAAGUAUUUAUUUGUUACCAAAAGAAACCACAUUGGCUGACCUGUACGUUUUUGUAUACAACCUCCAGCCAUCCGGAAGAAAUAUAACAUGGAUCAUGCAUGACUGAAACAUACUGACUGAUGUAAAAAGCAUUAUUUACGUCAGUCAGAGAUUUAGAAAAUCUUUGUACAAAAGUAUCAAAUAAAAAUGAAAACUCAUAUUCAGCUGCAGCUGUGCUUGAAGAAUCAGACAUUUUAAAUGUAUCAUGUGUAUAUUUCCUAUUCAAAUGAAUGUAAAUGAAUGUUUGAUACUGCAGCCUAUAUAGUGCUGAAAACUAUUUAAGAAUCUGGUAAAGAAGCAUGUGCUGAAUAAAGCUAAACUCUGCUGGG